CUGCCAAAUAUGAAAAGAAAGUGAUGGUGUUGGACUUUGUCACUCCUACGCCUCUGGGAAACUCAUGGGGUCUUGGAGGAACAUGUGUAAAUGUGGGCUGUAUACCUAAGAAAUUGAUGCACCAGGCAGCUUUACUGGGACAGGCCUUGGAAGAUUCACGCAAAUUUGGAUGGCAGUUCACAGAAGAAGUUGAACACAACUGGAUGACUAUGACGGAAUCUGUUCAGAAUUACAUUGGUUCACUGAACUGGGGCUACCGGGUUGCACUGAGGGAGAAGAAAGUCACCUAUGAGAAUGCAUAUGGGGAAUUUGUUGCGCCACACACAGUUAAGGCAACAAAUAAAAGAGGAGUUGAGAAGCUGUACACGGCAGAGAGGUUUCUCAUUGCCACUGGUGAACGACCGCGCUACCUGGGUAUACCUGGAGACAAGGAAUACUGCAUUAGCAGUGAUGAUCUUUUCUCUCUGCCUUACUGUCCAGGGAAAACCCUGGUGGUUGGAGCUUCCUAUGUUGCCUUGGAAUGUGCAGGAUUUCUUGCAGGUCUUGGAUUAGACGUCACUGUAAUGGUGAGAUCCAUCCUCUUAAGAGGAUUUGACCAGGAUAUUGCAAACAAAAUUGGAGAAUAUAUGGAAGAACAUGGAAUCAAGUUUAUUAGGGAGUUUGUGCCAAUCAAGGUUGAGCAGAUUGAGGAAGGAACUCCUGGCAGACUGAAAGUUACAGCCAAAUCCACAAAGGGGAACGAAAUAAUUGAAGGGGAAUACAACACUGUGAUAUUGUGUUUCGGAAGAGAUGCAUGCACAAGAAAUAUUGGUUUGGACAAAGUCGGAGUGAAAAUCAAUGAAAAAACAGGAAAAAUUCCUGUCAACGAUGAGGAGCAAACAAACGUGCCAUAUAUCUACGCUGUUGGGGAUAUACUGCAGGACAAACUGGAACUCACACCAGUGGCAAUCCAGGCAGGAAGACUAUUAGUUCGAAGGCUUUAUGCUGGGGCAACCAGUAAGUGUGACUAUGUGAAUGUUCCAACUACUGUAUUCACUCCUUUGGAGUAUGGAGCCUGUGGGUAUUCUGAAGAGACUGCAGUGGAGAAGUUUGGGGAGGAAAACAUUGAGGUGUACCACAGUCAUUUCUGGCCACUGGAAUGGACCGUGCCAUCCAGAGACAACAACAAAUGCUAUGCAAAGAUAAUUUGCAAUAUUCAAGAUAAUGAGAGAGUAAUUGGUUUCCAUGUCCUUGGUCCAAAUGCUGGAGAAGUCACCCAAGGGUUUGCAGCUGCUAUUAAAUGUGGAAUGACAAAAGAACAGCUGGACAGCACCAUAGGAAUUCAUCCCGUCUGUGCAGAGGUAUUCACCACCCUGUCAGUGACUAAGCGUUCCGGUGAAAGUACCCUUCUGUCUGGAUGCUGAGGUUAAAGACCCCCAUUCUUGUUAUUGCCAGAGACUGACUUUCAUC